AUGUCUCCUCACCCGCGCACCUGCCACUUCAUGGGUGGAGGCAGUGCCAACUCGUACCACCAAACGGUGGAGCUGCACUACACUCCGGUCUCGGUGAGUGCUACUCUGGCCUCCAGACGGAGGACCCACACCAUGUCCUGGCCUCGGAUGAGGCUACAGGGGUCCUCAGUCCCUCCUGCUCUCUGGGUCCUAGGGUGCCUCACGCUGCUCCUCUGGCUGUGGGUGUUGUGCACAGCCUGCAACAGGGCUGAUGAUCCUCUGGCACCCAGGAAGCAGGCACGGAGGCAGCUGUCCAGGCUGCAGGGCAGUGCAAUGCCAGCAGAAGUGUCACUGCUAAGACGACCCCACCACUGCUCCCUCAGCAAGUCAGACACCAGGCUGCAUGAACUGCACCGCAGCCGGCCCUGUAGCAGAGCCCCACGGCCUGCCAGCAUGGAUCUCCUAUGUCCACAGUGGCUGGAGGCAUCCAGAGGCAUGACCAGGCCCCCGGCACCCUUCUCACACCAGGAGCUGCCCCUGGCUGUGCCCUCCACUGGCCCAGAGGCCACCUAUUCCAACGUGGGGCUGGCAACAAUCCCCAGGGCCAGGCUGGCAGCCAGACCUGUGGUAGCUGAGUAUGCUUGUGUCCAGAAGUUCAGGGGAACAGAUCAGGGCCCCCAAGGCCUGGGGCAGGGGAAGGUCGAGGCAACCCCACCCACUCAGGUGGACAUCCUGUAUUCCAGGGUCAACAAACCUAAAAGGAGGGACCCAGGACCUGCCACAGACCAGCCAGACCCCAAAGGUGGGGGAGCAAUUUUGGCUCUGGGGAGUGACCCAGCCUACGAGGUCCUCCCUCUUGGGGGCCUGGCUAUGGACAAGAGCCUCCUGGAAAACGUGUAUGAGAGCAUCCAGGAGAUGGGAGCACCUCUGGAAUAUCCGAGCUCCAGCUCCUAUCAGGAAAGGACGUGUGCAGAGCACAGAGACACUUUGCUUCCUGUCUAA